AUGAAAGUGGCGGGUGAGGACAGCGAGGAAGAAGACGACGAGAACGACUUGAUCGCAGCGCCAUCACCUCAGCAGAGGUCGCCAUCGGCACCCGAGGAGAAACAGGCAGAGAAGAAGCUCCGGCACCCUUCAGGGCAGUGCGGUCCCCUGCUGCUCAACCACACCGCAGCGGCAGCAGCCGGCCGCCGCCGCCGCCGCCGCUCUUCCUUGCUGCCUCCCGCGGAUCUUGACCCGUUGAUGCCGGGGCUGCUGACCUGCCGCGACGACAACAUGUCCAAGCUCGCCACCUACAGCGACGACGACAGCGACGACCAGGCCCUCGGAGAUGGGCGCGGCAAACCCGCUGGCGACACGAACGAGCAGCCCAGCACCGGACGAACGGUAGCCGUCUCCGAGUUCUCCAACUUGGCGGGCACGAGCGCGGCGGCUACCGUCGUUUUCCCUCCACGAAAGCCGGCGGCGGAUGGAGACGGUCGUGCCGGCCGAUCUCUUGGUCUCGUGCCCUCCUACUCCUCUGUGGAGUAUGCCGGGUGGUCCAAGUUUUGCCUGGCGUCCAGCGACACCGAGAACGAGGGGGGCAGCUCGGGUUCCUUCGAGCAGGCAAAGGAGGACGAAUCCGAGGACGACAGCCGGACCUAUUCCAUCACCAGCGGGGAGGAGGAUGAAGGCCACGUCAACAGCGACGAGACGGACCCGCCGCUGCGGGGCGAGCAGGACGGUUUCGACGGAGGAGGCGAUGGCGGCGGCGGCGGCGGGCCGAGCAGCGGCAAGAGCUCCGACAGCGACAUCCACUUCACGGUGCAGGAAACCCAGGCGAUACUCCGGGUCAUGGAACGUCUCGGCUGCGGGGCAACGACCCUUGCCAGGUUCGCGUCCUUCACCCUGGAAGACUGGAUGGAUGAGGUCUGCGACCCGAUCAUCCAGGACCUCCGGGGGAGCCAGAGCUACCGCGCCUCCGGCCUCGACGCGCGGCACCGCUUCGGCCGGGAGGAGAGCAUUCCUCCUCUCAAGAGGUACAUCAGCGCCGAGCUCUACCCGGCGUCCACCGCCUUGCUCCGCGACGCUCUCCCGGCGAGGGUCCGGCGGCGGGCGUUCGUCAACACGGCGGCGGCGAUGCGAGGGGAGGCCGAGGACCCAUUCUGCAGCGUUCUCGGAAACAACGGAAGACUCGCCAUCGAAGGCGUGGGGGGUGGGGUUGGCAAGGGUAUCGGCGAUGACACCCGCAACAACUUCGCUUCCGUCGUUGCGAGGCGGCUCGCGGAGCACGGGAGGGCCCACUACAACGUCGCUGACGGCGCCUCCCGCACCGGUGUUGCUGCCACGAGUGCCCUUGUUGGUGGGCCAACGCCACCCGGCGAAAUCCUUCAAGGCGGCUGCUGGACGAGGUACUGCUACCGGCGGCCGCAUAGUUGGUUGCGGGUGGCAUGGCGCCAAUCCAAGGCGGGGGGCGCCGGGGUCGGCGAGGCCGGCGGUCGAGGCGGCGGCGGCGGUGGUAGCGGCGCAGGCGCAAAAGAUCGCUGA